AUGAAGGAGGAUAGUGCUAGCCAACGCGAAAAGCAAAAAAUCUUCAAAGUUUCUGUUACAAACCUUGUGAACAUGCUGGAAAGCCAUCCAGGAAAGAGCUUUGGAAUUCCUUCCUUAUGUUCCAGCUUUAAGAUCAAAAGGAGACGAUUUUAUGAUAUAGUUAACGUAUUUGUUUCGCUAGGAUGCUGCCAGAAACUGAAUCUCGAUCGUGUUGAAUGGCUUGGAAAGUCCCAAAUCUCAAAUCACAUUCUCACAAUGAGAAAAGAAAAAGAGAUUGAUAGACCAGAAAUUUCAUUAGAUUCGCUGUUCCCUGUUGAAACAUGUGUAGGUGUCUCAAACUUAACAAUUAAUUUUGUACUUUUGUUUUAUGCUUUGAAAUCGAAUAAAAUUGAUAUAAGGAUGGCAGGACAAUUCUUGUCCAGGGGUACAGGGCGCUAUAAAACAACAUUAUGCAAACUUUACCAAAUUAACCUUAUCUUGGCAACUCUAGGAAUGACAUCGAAAUCUUCCGAACUAUGCAGUAUCGUACUCCGAAACCCCUAUAUGAAGAACGAGGAUGUUUACAAAAUACCUAAAGAAAUUCAAAAAGAUUCAAUCAUGUCAAUUUUAUAUUUGCUUAAUAAGCCAGAACCAGGUACAGUCAAUUCAUACGUUGUUCAGAGACGUUAUGAAAUGAAAUCCUACGUGAAUGCUGACAGUCUUUCAAUGUCAGAUGAUUCACUUCCCGACUUUUUAUUAUAG